AUGACUCUCAAUAAUUCUGCAUCUUUUGAAACACCAAAUAGAAGUGGUAAUUAUGUAAAUAGAUCAUAUAUAACUUCACAAACAUCACCAAUAACACCAAUACCAUCUCUUAUUUUAAAUCAAACUGAUAACUCCAUAGAUCCACAACGUGGAUUUUUCUUCGCUGUGGUAAGAAGACAACAAAGACCUCAAAGACCAAAUGCAAUUCAUCCACCAACAACAAAUAUUAUAGAAAAAAUAUUGGUGUAUGAAACAUUGCACAGAAAUUGUGUUUCUCAAUACUAUGCAACUGUUAAAGCAUUGCGUGGUGUUUCUCAAAAGUUCAUUGACUCUCCUGAUGAACUUACUUACACUGAAAAGGUUGCUUUUGAAUUCACUUCAAUACCUCUUUAUGCUCCAAUAAAUUAA